CUUUGUCCUAAGUUUUGAAGAACUUCUUAAAAUUGUUCUUGAAAUGUGAUCAGUGGAUAAUGGGGUGAAUAUUCUUCUCGAUUCCUCAUUCUUCUUGGAGACUUGACUGAUAAAGAUUUUAAAUAAGGCGCUGUUAAAGGUUGUAGGUGUUAUUUUUGCAGUGGUGUUAUUGGGAUCACUAGGAGUGAAGGUAGAAUGCAGAGUAGUCAGAAGAUUACAGGAUCUUGAGUACCCUGCUAUCAAUUGCAGAAAACAUAGUGCAGUCUUGACUGAUUUUGGUGGUGUUGGUGAUGGCAAAACAUCCAACACCAAGGCCUUUCAAUCUGCAAUCAGCAAUCUAAGCCACUAUGCAAAUGAUGGCGGGGCUAUGCUGGUGGUGCCACCAGGGAAAUGGCUCACAGGAAGCUUUAAUCUCACUAGCCAUUUCACACUUUUUCUCCAAAAAGAUGCUGUCAUUCUUGGAUCCCAGGUAUCUAGUCACCUUUGCCCCUUUUCCUGUGGUUGAAUUGUUAGAUUAUUUUGGACAUUGAUUCUUUGCAUUCGAUGUGACCCUAAUCGGAGCCAUCAAUAUCUAAUGGCUCAGAUGUUUCAUUAAGAUCAGAUGACUAAUUUAAACUUAAUCUUGAUCAAACGACUGAGAUUUCUUUUUUGCGUGAAUUUAUGAGUUUCAUGACGGUUAGAGAAUUCCAAUCCAAUUAUUUAAAAAGACUGUUCUUCAUGUUGUCAAUAAUGUGUUGUUUAUAUGAGACGUGAAUGAAUUAAAAAAAAAAAGAUAAAACCCCAUGUAGUUCUUGUGGCCAAUCACGUAUUGUGUUAUAUAAGAUGUGAAAAAAGGAGUAAUGAGAUAUACACACCUCACUUUCUCUUCCAUCUCAUUUCCACCUAUUUUUCUUCCUAUCUCUCUCUGCAUUUCCUGUCACAUCACAUAUCAUAUCACUAAUUUCUCUAUCAUUCAUUCACUAAUUGAAUAUAUAGUUGACUAAUUGAAUAUGAUUUCUUUUAUGUUUGGUACAUGUCCUUUGCACUCUAUUUUACUAUGAAAGUAGCAUUUAUCAAAAGGUAUGUAGCAUUCGUUAACACAGUACAAUUGAUGGAAAUUUGUUUGCCUAAUCACAUUUAUCUCUAACCUAUCUUUGAUUUCUUGGCUCCUUAGUUAAGCAGCAUUUGACAUCAAUUGUUUGUUUUUUUUUUAAUUUUGACUUUUCUCCUAAAUAAACACCAUUGACCAUUGGCCAACAUUAACAAGUUGAAUCAGAGUGGCCCUCACUGAUGUUGUUAUUACUGGUCACAAUGGUACGAUUGAUGGGCAAGGAUCUUACUGGUGGGACAAGUUCCACAAAAAAGAAUUAAAACUCACCAGGCCUUACAUGAUUGAGAUUAUGUACUCUAAUCAAAUUCAAAUCUCAAAUCUCACUUUGGUCAAUUCCCCAUCUUGGUUUGUCCAUCCAAUUUACAGCAGUGACAUUAUAAUUCAAGGGCUGACCAUUCUUGCACCAGUUGACUCUCCCAACACAGAUGGCAUAGAUCCUGAUUCUUGUUCCAACACUAGGAUUGAAGAUUGCUAUAUUGUAUCUGGUGAUGAUUGCAUUGCAGUGAAAAGUGGUUGGGAUGAGUAUGGAAUCAAAUUUGGGAUGCCAAGCCAACACAUAGUAAUCAGAAGACUUACAUGCAUAUCCCCUGAUAGUGCUAUGAUUGCUUUAGGAAGUGAAAUGUCUGGUGGAAUCCAAGACAUUAGAGCAGAAGACCUCACUGCUAUCCACACUGAAUCAGCAGUUAGAAUCAAAACUGCAGUUGGUAGAGGAGCAUAUGUGAAGAACAUUUUUGUCAAAGGAAUGAACUUGUUCACCAUGAAAUAUGUUUUUUGGAUGACAGGUUCUUAUGGAGAACACCCUGACAGUGGCUUUGAUCCAAAAGCACUUCCUACCAUCACAGGAAUCAAUUAUAGAGAUGUGAUUGCAAAGAAUGUCACAUAUUCUGCAAAGCUUGAAGGAAUUGCUAAUGAUCCUUUCACUGGAAUUUGUAUUUCUAAUGUGAAUAUUGAGAAAGUGGGAAAGAAAUUGGCAUGGAAUUGCACUAAUGUUCACGGUGUUACAAGCAAUGUGUCUCCUGAGCCAUGUGUAUUGCUGCAAGAGAAGCCUGGGAAAUUUGACUGUCCUUUUCCGGAAGACAAACUUCCCAUUGAAAGUGUUCAGUUGAAGACUUGUUCCUUUAAAAGUUUGUCACUCUUCUGAGUUCUCAGAGAAUGAAUGUAUUUUCAAUUUUGAUUGUAAUACAAUAAUGAUGCUAUUGUUAUCUAUGAAAGUUCUGAAAAAAUGAAAUCGAAGUUAGAGAGUAAACAUGUGUUUUCCUUAGUACCAAAAAGUCGUUGGGGGUUGAUUACCUAUAAUCGCUUAUUUGAGCUUGUGUUAUAGCAUAAACACUUAUGCAUGUGUUUGGCAAAGUUUAUGUAAAUAGCUUAA